AUGAACUUUGUACCUGUAACUCGUGUAUUACUCUUUAUUUACCAUUUAGUAGAGUUUGUAAAUGUAGCUCAUGUUAUGUAUUUGUUGUUUCUGAGAUGCUCUGAGGUUGUUCGUGUUAGCGUUAAUCUGAGAUUAUUCAAUCGGGAGAUAUUAUAUAAUUAUAAAUCGGAAAAUUGUAACUGUAACUUCCCAUUAUUCUCUGUUAAACAUUCCACUGUAUAUGUAUUGGGUUAUCUCCGCCAAGACUACACGGAUUGGAAUAAAUCCCUUCAAUUUACUUUCCACAGUUUUAUUUAUACCCAUACAUACGCCUUAGAUACUCAUCGGAUUCUACCAUCGAAAUCCACCCUUUGCCAAACUACCAUUUAUAAGCCUUUUGUAAAGAGAUUCCAUUGCCAUGGGUUUAUCUCCAGAAAAGGUACAGCUCUUAAUUUGGGUAGAAUAAAUGUUUUAAAUCGUUUUUUGGGAUAUAAUCAUGGUUCUAAGAAGACAGAGGUGAUACUGGGCGGAGAUUUGAAUACUCCUCCUGGGAUUUUGAAAGACCUGGACACUGACGAAUGUAACGAGUUUACUAUGGAUCUAUGGAACAGAGGUCUAUCACUACCUGAAGCCAUAGAAAGUAUUAAUUCAUUGUCCCCUGAAGUUGAUGGUUCUGUGAUGGAUAACUUUAUGUAUGGAAAUGCCACUAUUACUGAAGAUAGAGAUUAUCCACCUGGACUAGUUGAUCUAGGAGAAGAUACAGAUGAUUAUGUUGAUACGUAUGAUACUGACGAAGAGGGUUUUAUGGAACUGAAUUUUGGACUAUUAAGCGAUGACGAAAUCUUGCUUGUAAGGAAUAUCAUGGAAGAAAAAGUCAAUAAACAAAAUGACUCUUAUAAGGUUCAGAUGGUAGAUGAUUUAGUGAAUGACAAAAAUCUAAGUUAUACCAGAGAAGAGAUUUUAAGGUAUAUAGAAAAAUUUGAUGAUAUUGCCACGUUGUUGAUAAAUUUAAAUAGAAACGUUGACAGGGACCCAUUGGAUAUUGAAUGGAUUCCAGCUGUGGAAAGAGAAAUUUGUGAGUUCGUUGCAGGGAAAUCUUAUACCGUUUCGACCAUAAUUUGGACAGAUGGUUCAAUAGACGUGACCAUAAAGGAAGAGGAUGUGUCAGAAAAGAAGAUCGACGUACUCCACGAUUCCCUAUUUUCAUUUAUUAAGAGACUUUCCCGCAAGAAUUCGUUCCACGGACUUCAUAACUUAGGUUUGAUGGUUUCAGGAUCAUAA